AUGCCCACAACAACAUUCCUCGAACUCGAUGGCGAGGGCAACGAGAUCGACCGGGUGCUCGAGAAGGAGCCGCAGGUCAGCAACUUCAGCCACCCCCUGCUUCAGGAGGCAGAGUGGCCGGGGAUGGUUGACAAGGAGACGGAGCACUCCAAGACGCCAUUCAUCGCCAGGAUCUUCGCCAGUAUCUCGGGCUCCUCGCAGAACACCUUCCCCGACAUCGAUUUCACAGAGGAAGGGGGAUCUCUGCAAAAACUAGCAAGAAAUAUGGCGAUGGUGCUGGAUGCAUUUGCAUCCUACCUCAGCCAUAUGCUAGCGCGGGCAGCGGCAGAUGAGGUAGGGACGAUGUUGGGCGUCUCCGGUGAGAUCGACAAGAUGGGCGAAAAGCUUCGGGACCUCAAGAAUUUCCUUGCCGAUGCCGAUAGGAGGAACAUCAUCGACGAGACUGUCCGAGAGUGGGUGGGGCAGCUUAAGCGCGCCAUGUACGGGGCUACUGACAUCCUUGACCUUUGCCAGCUCAAAUCCAUGGAGCGUGGACCAACCACCGGAAAUGUAGGGUGUCUCAAUCCCUUGCUCUCCUGUAUGAGGAAUCCCAUCCAUGCUCAUGAGAUCGGCACCCGCAUCAAGAAGUUGAACCAGAGGCUUGAUACCAUCAAGGAGCGGAGUGCUGCUUUCAACUUCAUCAACUUCAGGUCCUUUGAGGAUUGUCAUAGCAGCUAUGUGAGCGCAUCUCAUCAUGGUAAUCCUAGCCGGGAGACGGUAGGGGAUUUUGACCGGUCGGCUGUGGUUGGGGAGAAGAUUGAAGAGGACACAAGAGCACUGGUUGCGCAAAUCAUGCAAACAGGAAAGGAGGUCGACAAUGACAUCAUGCUAGUUGCCAUUAUAGGUGUCGGCGGGAUUGGCAAGACCACCCUUGCGCAGAAGGUCUUUAAUGACAAGGCAAUACAAGGUGAGUUCAGUAAAAAGAUAUGGUUGAGUGUCAACCAAAACUUCGGUGAGGUUGCGCUGCUAAGAAGAGCCAUAAUUGAAGCCGGCGGAGACGCACAACCGGCUGGAAAUGCAAAGGCCAUGCUUCACCAAAGCCUCAAGAAUGCCUUGAUUGGCCACAAGACCUUGCUGGUAAUGGAUGAUGUGUGGGACCAUGGAGCAUGGGAUGGUGUGUUGAAAAUACCCUUUCUCAAUGCUGUUGCUUCAUGCAGCCGAGUCCUUAUCACCACUAGAGAUGAAGGUGUUGCUCGAGGGAUGAUAGCCAGAUGGCCCUACCACCACGUCGACACAUUAUUGCCUGAAGAUGCUUGGUCACUGCUCAAGAAACAGGUACUCUCAUGUGAGAUAGAUGAAGACCACAUAAAUACGCUAAAGGAUAUUGGAUUGAAAAUUAUACAAAAAUGUGGUGGUUUACCACUUGCCGUCAAAGUAAUGGGAGGACUCUUGCGUGGAAGAGGGAGCUUAUGUCGUGAUUGGCAGCAGGUUUUGGAUGAUUCAAAAUGGUCAAUAACUAAAAUGCCCCAAGAGCUCAACUAUGCGGUAUACUUAAGCUAUGAAUAUAUGCCUCCUUACCUGAAACAGUGCUUUUUAUUCUACUCUAUUCUUCCUAAAAGUGGAACUUUUACUCUGGAUCAAGUCGUCGCGAUGUGGAUGAGCGGAGGAUUUAUUCAUGGAAACUCUAGUGAUUUAGAAGAGUUGGGAAGAAAUUACUACAAGGAGCUGGUAUCUAGGAAUCUUAUAGAACAAGAUAAAUCAUAUACUGAUAUAUGGGUUUGCACCAUGCAUGAUGUUGUUCGCUCAUUUGCUCAGUAUAUGACUAAAGAUGAAGCACUCAUUGCUCAAGACGGAGAUAAUGAUAUUCUUACUAAACUUAGUUCACAAAAGUUUCUUUGGUUGUCCAUAGAAACUAACCAAUCACAAUCAGGUGAACUUGGCUGGAAAUCUCUACAGGCGCAAAAAUCAGUCAGAACAUUAAUCUCCACAGUUCAGAUCAAGAUGAAACCUGGUGCUUCAUUGGUUACUUUUUCUAGUUUGCGGACUCUAUAUAUUCAAUCUGCAGAUGUGGCUGCAUUGACUAAAUCAUUGCAUCAACUCAAGCACCUGAGGUAUCUAGCAUUAUUAAAUACUGAUAUAUCUGUGCUUCCACGGAACAUUGGCAAGAUCAAACUAUUAGAAUUCCUUGACCUUCGUGGAUGUGCAAAAUUGGUGAAUCUUCCUCAUAGCAUUGUUAAGCUUCGCCAGCUGAGGUUACUUAUUCUCCCGAAAGAAAGUAUGGUGCCUAGAGGAUUCAGUGGUUUGACAAAUAUGAGGAGACUAAGUGGGUUUCGAGCGCACAUGGAUGGCGAUUGGUGCAGUUUGGAUGAGUUAGGGCCUCUUUCCCAACUCAAAUAUCUUGAACUAGUUCAAUUGGAGAAUGUAUCUAGUGGCUCAUUUGCUGCCAGUGCUAAGCUUGGGGAGAAAAUGAAUAUUAUGAAGCUAUUCCUGGUGUGCACUAGCGUACUGGGCCAUGAUGGGUUGGUCAAAGAGAAAAAAGGUGUCUCUAAGGUAGAGCAGCAACGAAUUGAGAAUGUGUUCGAUGAGCUCAGCCCUCCUCCGAGUGUAGAAAUUCUUGAAAUCACCGGGUAUUUUGGUAGGCAACUCCCCAAUUGGAUGAUGUCCACGUCAGCGGUGCCCCUCAACAACUUGAACACUCUAUUCUUUGCUGACCUAGCCUAUUGCACACAACUUCCAAAUGGGUUGUGUCACCUCCCCAAUCUGCGGUUAGUUCAGGUCCGUGGUGCUCCAUGCAUUAAGCAUGUGGGAACUGGAUUCUUGCAGGCGGCCGAAGCUCCAUUUCCAAGAUUAAACAGGUUGAUCUUAGAAGGAAUGGUGCAAUGGGAGAAGUGGGGUUGGGAGGGGCAAGUACAAGCCAUGCCCCAGUUGGAGAAUCUUGUGCUCAAUAAAUGCAAACUAAGGCAUGUUCCUCGAGGCCUCGCCUUGAAUGCAAGGGCUUUGAAAGACUUAUCCAUACAAGAUGUCCAACACCUGAACUGCCUUGAGAACUUUCCUUCUGUUGUUGAGCUUACAGUUUUUGGAAGCCCUGACCUAGAGAGGAUUGCCAAUCUCCCCAAUUUGCAGAAGCUUAGCAUAACCGAUUGUCCAAAAUUGAAGGUGCUUGAGAGCAUCCCUGCACUCAGGACGUUGCUCCUGGAAGAUAAUGACAUGGAAGAACUGCCAGAGUACAUGCGAGAUAUAAAACCAAGGCAUUUGCAGUUAUACUGCGGGAUAUGGUUGCUCUCUUCAAUAAACGCAGGACGAUCUGGUCCUGAGUGGGACAAGUUCAGACAUGUGGAGUAUGUCAAGGCAUAUGCACGUCAUGGAGAUAACAAAAAGAAAUGA